AUGGAAGAGAGCGACGAGCAUUGCAGAUCACUCUCAAUCAACAUCAGCCGCUCGACUCGCUCGUCGUCGUCAUCAGUGCCAUGCAUUACGCGACCAUUGGCACGACUAGUCCUCCUAUUGGUACUCCUCGCAUCAAGGAGUGCUGCUGCUGUCGCACAUGACAGCGACCGCCUCCUGCCGUUCGGACCACAGCUCGCAGUGCACUCUGCUGGGAUUGAUCCUACCUGGGCCGAGCGCGGAUUCUGCUUUCGCCUCAUCCCAUCACCAGCAUCACCAGCAUCACCACCAGCAUCACCAGCAUCAUCAGAAUCUGCGCUGCCGUACUGCCCGCUGCCGUUCAAUCUCGCUGCAACGACGCUCGCUCGGUACGCUGGCUCGCCUCCGACAGCACCAAUUGCUGGAGAAUCAAAGCCAAACCCAGUCGUCGUCCAGCCGUGCCGUGGAGCCACGGCAUCAUCCGUUUCCAGCAGCCGAUUCCCCGACGUGGAGUUUGAUAACGCCAUCGUCCCAGAGCUAGUGCGCGUGCGUUCGGCGCAGGAACAAGCGUCAAAGCAAGGCCAGAAGCAGAACGACCCGGCUUUCAUUCUGCCGCCCACGCUUCUCAGUUCCCACGCCUACGCCAAUGCUAAGCACGACAACGACAACCACGCCAACACCGACAACAACAACAACAACAACAACGACGACGACGACGACGACGACGACGACGAAAACAAUACCAACAACCACCCGCCAAGAUUCUCAACCGCUUACCAGCGGCAUUCAUUUCACAUCCUGCAAGACAUUCUCUACCCAAUGACCGUCCAAGAGUUUCUGACAGACUACCUCGAGCGAAGACCGUUUGUCAUCUCGCGAGCCACGCCCAAGAACAGCGAGCAGCUGGCUCGAUUCGCACACAUUGUUGACCGAUUUUACGAGUCAACGGGCGGACGCGAUGACAUUGAUCACAUUGUGCCAGGCACAUUUCUGACGCCAUCCGACUUUCGCUUGGUGGAUCGCGGCGGCCCGCUCAUGAAAGAAUGGCACAAAACCCCAAACGACAUUCAGCCGGCGUACACGCAGCUGAACGCCACGACCGUGAUAUCGCACGCCCAAUGGACCUUUCCCCGCACACGCACCCUCGUCAAGUUGCUCGAGGAGAUUUUUGGCGUGCACACCAACGGCAACCUGUACUCGACGCCCAAGUUCUCUCGCGGCUUUACUCCCCACUAUGAUGUGCACAGCACAUUCAUCUUUCAGCUCUCGGGCAACAAGGACUGGGAAGUGUACCUGCCCGAAACAGUCCUUCCCAUUGGCGGCCUUUUGAGUCAAAACUACAGCGGGCGCGCGUUGGGAGAGCCCGUCAUGUCAUUCUCGCUUCGGAAAGGCGACUUGCUCUACUUGCCGCGUGGGUGGGUCCAUCAAGCCACGGCCACCGACGCACCUUCUCUGCACUUGACCGUGUCGCUCGGGCACACCAUGGCCUACAUGACGGCUGUCCUUGAUGCAUGCAUGGAGGUUGCCGCGGGCAGCAAGCUGGCAGACUCUCCCUUUGUGCAAGCCAUCACCCGCCUGGAGCAGAUCACUGGAUCGUCGACGGUUGCCUUCGAGGCGUUGCAAGUUAUUUGGUCUGCGCUCGAAGAGCUGUUUCCUGUCGUUCGCAUCCCAAUCUUCAAUUCCAACCUUGGAGGUCAGGCUGAACACGUGUACAGCGUUGCUUGGCAUCGACGAGUCGUGCAAGUGCUGGAAGACGGAAUCGAGCUGUUCGAGGCGGGAAACAUUUUCCGUCGGGUCAGCCGCUUGGUCCCCGCGAUCGGCCCGGCCAGUGUCGUUCGGAAUGUCUACAGCACGUUUGUGCAGCAGGUGCGAGACCUGGCGCUCUACCGGCAAGCUGUUGACCUGGCACUCGCUCGCCUGGUCCCCUUCUGGUCGCCUGUGCCCUCGCCUGUGCGCAACUGGUUGUUUGGGUAUGCCAACGCCCACGCCGUCAAUCCUCGCCACCACGCCUGUUCCCCACGAGCACCCGAGAGAAUUCAUGGGAAGCAACAGCCGCAGCUCGCGCCGUGCAAACCGCCUCCGCGUCCUCGCCUGCCUUCGAAUCUGUUUGAGCAGCUGGACAUGCUCGACACGUUGCACCGCAAUUCGACCAUUGCUCCAGGGCUGCCCAUUUGGGGCCGCUUGAUGCAUUCUGCCGACCUUGCUCCCAGCUUGAAGACAACGCUCUUGAAUUGCGUCAAGACCCACAGCUUUGAGCAACGACAACACGCAGUCCGUGUGCGAUGGGCGCGAGAAACAAAGGACUGCUUUGUGAUUGGCCCUUCGGUGUGUGAGGCCUUUCCUGGACGCUUUGUCGCCGCUCUCGAGUUUCUGCUUUCUGCGGAAUCGCCGUUUCUGUCGUGGGGCGCAAACCACGAUGAGCAGACCAGCCCCUGGCGCAUCGCCGACGUGCUUCACGCCGCCCAAAACCAACAAACGGAAGCCGAGUUAUUUGCUCUUGUUCGUUUGCUCGUGCUGCAAGGCUUUGUUCGUGUCUUCUCUUCUGCCGCAUGA